AUGUUUCAGUUCUGCUAAAAACAGCUUUGGUAUUUCUUCGUGUAGUCUUUGAGGUUUUCUUCUUUCGAGUUCAGAGCUACGCCAAAAGAUGAAGGUUCAUGAAACAAGAUCUCAUACUCACUCAACUGGCAAUGAAGAGAGAAUGGUGAUGAGGAAGCAGAAGGUGGGUGGAAAAACCCCCGAGGGAGAGGGGUCGCCCAAGAAGAUGAAGCCUGAGAACGAUUACAAAACGGGUGAUGUGGGUGCAGAGUUUGAUAGGUUCUGCAAAGUCAUGAGAGAGAACCUCUCGGUUGAGGAAAUGCGCGUAAUUCUUGAAAUCAACGAGCAGAAUUCAUCCGGAACCAAUGAGGAUGUCAUCCUUAGAUGCCUUGACAUGUUAUUUCAUGGGGCACUAGACAAAUGUCCGAUUUGUGGCGGCCAUUUGGAGUGGACUGGUACCAAAUAUGCCUGUAGAGGAGAUUAUAGUGAAUGGUCAACUUGCACCUUCAGCACCAAGGACCCGCCAAGGAGAGAGGAACCAAUCGAAAUUCCCGAAUUGAUUCAAAAUAAGGCUGUUUCCAAUUUCAUAGAGGAUCGCAACCGGAAGAGAAGGCAACGGAAGAGGAGAAUGGGAACCACAGACAAACUUUUUGCUGGGAUGGCAAUUGCUUUAUCGGGUCGUCUUUCUCGAACACAUCUAUACUGGAAGUCUGAGAUUGAAAAACGUGGAGGGAAAGUUUCAAAUUCAGUUAGUGGUGUAACUUGUCUGGUAACAACCCCUGCUGAAGGUGAACGUGGUGGCUCGAUCAAAAUUGCAGAUGCCUUGGAGAGGGGCAUACCCAUAGUAAGCGAAGCUUGGUUAAUUGAUAGCAUAGAGAAGGGAGAGCCUCAGCCUCUGGAGGAUUAUGAUAUCUCUAGAGACCUUGUGGUGGAAGCAAGAGCACUUUUAGGGGACAAGGAAGAUACCCUCGAAUCCGAGCUCAAAGUAUAUGGGAAGAGAGGAGUCCACAAGGAUUCUAAGUUACAAGAGGAAGGAGGGCAAAUUUUUGAGAAAGAUGGGAUAUUGUACAACUGUGCAUUAUCUCUUUGCGAUCUAGGACGAGAAGUGAAUGACUUUUGUGUGAUGCAACUGAUUCAGGUGCCAGACGAGGGAUUGCAUCUGUACUACAAGAAAGGGAGAGCUGGUGAUGACGUCAAAAGAGCACAAGAAAGGCUCGAAGAAAAGGAAGAUGACGUGGACGGUUCUGUCAAGGAGUUUGUUAAGCUGUUUGAGGAGCUAACUGGAAAUGAAUUCGAGCCUUGGGAAAGAGAGAAGAAGUUUCAGAAGAAGCCGCGCAAGUUUUACCCAGUUGACAUGGAUGAUGGUGUUGAUGUUAGGCACAGAGGGCUUAGUUUUCGGCAGGUGGGGCCUGCCGCGGUGCACUGUAAACUAAAUCCCUAUGUAACGAGUUUGAUGAAGGUGUUGUGCAGUCAGGACACCUACAGGUAUGCAAUGAGGGAAAUGGCAUUAGAUGCCCCUGACCUUCCAUUGGCGAUGCUUACUGAUGUCCAUUUGAAGAGAUGUGAGGUGGUUCUGCUGCAAUUCAUAGAAACAGUUCGAACAAUGAAAGAGAUGGGACGAAAGGCGACGGCUGUAUGGUCGGAUUUUAGUAUGAAAUGGUUCACUCUCCUUCAAUCUACCAGGCCUUUCAUCUUUCGCGACUAUGAAGACCUUGCGGAACAUGCUGCAGCGGUGUUUGAGAGUGUCAGAGACAUGAAUGUGGCUUCUCGUCUCAUAGGGGACAUGAGCGGUCCCACGCUCGAUGACCCUUUGUUCGACAGAUAUCAGAAGUUGGGUAGUUUGAUUUCUCCUGUUGAUAAGCGAUCGGAGGACUAUAAGAUGAUUGUGGAUUAUCUAGAUAGAACCUACGAACCUGUCAAACUCGGAGACAUAAGCUACGGAGUAUCAGUCGAGAACAUACUUGCUGUUGAGUCAAGUGGUUGCCCUUCCUUUGAAGAAAUAAAGAAGCAGCCCAACAAAGUCCUCUUGUGGUGUGGUACUCGGAGCUCAAAUAUGUUAAGGCACUUGUACAAGGGACUCUUGCCAGCACUAUGUUGGCUUCCUGUCCCAGGAUACAUGUUUGGGAAGGCUAUAGUUUGUUCGGAUGCAGCUGCAGAAGCUGCUAGGUACGGGUUUACUUCAGUGGAGAGGCCAGAGGGUUUCUUGGUUUUGGCUGUUGCCUCUCUGGGUGAGCGGGUCACAGAGUUCAAUCGAACACCUGAAGCAGAGGAAGCGAAGACUCUGGAAGAGAAGGCGGCGGGUGUGAAGGGAUUGGGGCGCAAGAAAACGGAUGAAUCGGAGCACUUCAUUUGGAGAGAUGACAUCAAAGUCCCGCGUGGUUGGUUGGUCCCAUCAGUGCACAAAGAUAGCCCUCUCGAGUACAAUGAGUAUGCUGUUUAUGAUCCAAAGCAGGUGAGUAUUAGGUUUUUGGUGGCAGUGAGGUACGUAGAGCAGGACGUGGUGUUUGAAGAUGUGGAGCCAGAGGCUGACGAGAUAUGAAGGGGUGUCAUAAAGGGAGGAAAAGACCAAAGGAAAGGUUGUAUAUAAAUGUUUUGUCUGUUCUUUUGCUUUCUCUAACAUGAAUAGAUUAAGAAGAUGGGGCUUGUUUUAGGAUGUUUUGGACAAGACUGUUGAUGACUUUUGUGAUGGUGUUUCAUCAACAACAUAGGGUCGGUAAGGAUCUGUGUGUAUAUGUAUGAAAUGUAAAUGUUCGUAGGGUACAGUAGAAGAAUGUAAAUGCUGGUAGUAGUCUUCUCCAUCACUUGUUCUCUAACAUGGUUUACUAAAGAACUACUUUGGAGGUGCUGGAAGGCGUAAAACCGAAGAUGCCUCUUGGUGCACGGGUGCUGCGAUUUUUGUCUACCACAGCACGGGCACACGAUUUUUUCUCAUCUCUUCCUGGUUAGCUUGCUGGUUUGGUAGAGGUUAUAUAGUUUCAUCGCUCUGAAGGGCAAUGCGCACCUUGUGUGCCAAUGAGAUCCAAGGACGUGAGGGUUCUUGUAGUAAAGCUAAAAGGCCAUGAGCACUCAAAGCAUGUAGGCCAAGGGGUCUUUCUGCAAAACUAAAAGCAGAACACGAACCGAUCGAUCUAGCCCCAAUGUUUCUAGGGAGGAACAUUUUUCCAGGAGUAUGGUCUCAAAAUUCACGAGUCAGCUUUCCAGCUAUUCUACCGGCUUCGUACCCGACUGACUAGUUCGGGCAAUAGUUGUUCAUGGAAAAGGUUACUAUAUUUGAAGCUAGAAAAACAUGGAU